AUGUGCGCCACCAAGCACCUGGGCCGGAAGCACCAACUACCGACAUGUCGUGGAACCCCGUACCUCAAGUCCUCAAGCACCUGCGUAGUCCUGAACGAGGGCACUACCAAGACCAUCGAGUCAUCGCAAGAUGCCGCGAGCGACGAUGAUGAUAUGGUCAUCAUGUCGACCAGCAGCAGCAGCGCGCAGGCCACAACAUCGGCGGAUGUUGUCGGUGCUCUCGGUGGGACGUAUGCCGCCGCCGUCAACGGUGUUCGGUGCUUCCUCUCCUCCGAGCACGAGUACGCCGACCUCGUGCAGUCGGUGUUAGCCGUCGCCGCCACCACCACCAUCUGUACUACAGACAAGCUUACGGUCUGGUACAAGUGUACGUACUCAAAGAAGGACCUCCUCCUGCAGGAGGACUGCUUCGAGAAGUACCGCUACAAGCUAGUGAACGGUUACGUCGCCGCCACCACCAACGGCGCAGUGAUAUUCGACGUCCUGACGGAGAGCGCCGCGUUCCGGGCUCCCGGAUCACCCACCUUGCCGCUACAACAGCAGCAGCAGCCGCGCGCCCUCUCCCUCGCCCUCUCCAAGCCCGAGGUAGCUCCCGCCACUCCCGGCGCUUCCGCCCGCGGACCACAGACCCCUGACCGCCGCCGCCGCCACCAUUCCGUUCCGCUCCGCCGCUCAUCUCCCGCGCCCACAAGGGUUGAGAAGCGCCGGUCGUCGUGCCCGCCGCGCUUCUCCGAAAGGCAGAAGGAACAGAUUGCCCAUCUGUUCUCAGGAAGCCGUAACGAUCCAAUCGUUAUCGAUUAG